CUCUCCUCUUACAGGAAGCCCUCUGUGAACACCUCGGGUGAACCUGAGUUCUGUGCAGUUUGUAUCAGGGUUUAGUGAGAUGCAGCUUCAUGAGAGGGAGGACCUGGCCGCAGAUCGCCAGCGGCGUCGCUGGGAUGCUGAGCGGGGCCGCGUGCGGCUCAGGUGUGGCCUCGCAGCGAGAGGCCCGUGUGUGGGAAGGGAGAUGUUUGCGGGAGGCCGUGUUCGGCGUUACCGGGGCAACAGGACUGUUGUUCCCGGACUCAGACCGGCAUAUCCCUUAAAACAGAGCCGUGACGACUAAUUGCAGCUUAUUAAUUAACAGUAAACCAUCAACUAGCCUUGGCUCAACAUCUCCCCUCGCGCCUCCCGGCACUUAACUCUUCGCAACGGCCUUAAGAAGGUGGUCAAGUCACAGAGUACUCCUUUUACAGAUUAGGAAACAGGCCGAGCGAGGUGAGCGAUUUGCUGAACGGAAGUAGGGGCCAUCCCUCGUCUUCAGCGCCCUGGGGAAUAAAUCCCGGUGGAUUUCAAACCACGGAGGUCAUGUUCAUGUUCUCUUCCGGGCCCAGUGCUGCCGGAUGGCAGGCCUGUCUCUGCUUAAAGAAAGCAUUGACAAGAUCUCGAAGGUCACCUCUCCCGUGCUGGUCAUCCACGGCACCGAGGACGAGGUCAUCGACUUCUCGCACGGCCUGGCCAUGUAUGAGCGCUGCCCCCGCGCCGUGGAGCCGCUCUGGGUGGAGGGGGCCGGCCACAACGACAUAGAGCUCUACGCGCAGUACCUGGACAGACUGAGACAGUUCAUAUCUCACGAACUGCCCAACUCCUGAAGGAGCCGCCGCGAUUGUGCCUCACUUACUGUGAGCGCACGGGUCCUGUUUCACGCGUGCUUGAACUGGGAGGCGGGGACGGCGUGGCUGGCGGCCCGGGGCCUGCGCCCGCCCAGAGCCCGGCCAGUCCCAGCCUUCGCGUGUCCGGAGGUGGCGCCGGCAGGAGGGGGCAGGGGGAGCGGGGGGGCGGGGCGGCCUCCUGGGCUGCCCGGAGGUCGCUCUCGGCUGCUGCCCUGCUGUCCCCUCCGGUCACCGGACUCCGCCCUCUCUCCGCUGAUGUUCUCAGUAUCUCACAAGCAGCUCUUUUCCCGCCACUGGACUCGUGGGUUCGAUCCCUUCCUGAAGCUGUGAUAGAAUUUAACCGGAAAACUCGGGGGGAGGAAACUCCCUUUGUUACGUUUCGUUCACAGGCUGAUCUCUUCCCCCCACACGACUCAGCCCCAGGGUAAUUCACUGGAACUCUCCAGAACAGGUGCAUUCGUUGGACCCACGUGAACAUAACUGGAAUAUUCUUAAUCAAAAGGAAACUGGGGUUUUUUUAAGUGUAAAUUUAUUACUCGUCCACAGAGUUUUAAUAUCUCGAUGGUCAGGCUGGUCUGUCACAGCGCCUCGCCGCCGCCUCUCCUCCCGUGAAGCCCUCGCCGUGCGGCUUCUCUAAAGUACUGUCCAUCCUUGGAAUCGCAUUCAUUGUGCGUAGAUUCUUAAUGGGUAGUUUUCUUUCGGGCUACAAACUGCAGAUCCCUCGUUUGUAAUGUAAAUGAUUGAAUACAUUUUGUUAAUAUGUUUUUAUUCCUAUGUUUUGCUAUUAAAAAAUUUUAUAACAUUUCCAAGACAAAAAAAAAAAGAAUUACAAGUUUAUGCUUUGAAGACUUUAUGUAAUUAAAAUUUCACGGAACUAAUCUUUUUAGUUUAGGAGCUACUUGGGUUUUGACACUGGACUUGCACCGAGGAAGCAUCGGAAAGGGAAGAUGCUUAGAGAUCGCUACACUGCUCAUCCUGGUUGGGGGCUUGGGUCGGGCGUUCCUGGGUUUUGUUUUCCUUUUUCUUUUCAAAUUUAAAAGCCUUAAAUGUACUGUAAGCCUCAGAUCGCCGUGCGGCUGGAUUGCGAAUGAUUGCCAGUCUGCUCCGGGCGUGGGGGCAGCGGGACGGUUGGUCGUGGAAUAAAGGAUGCAUGGAUCAGAA